AUGUCGACCAGCGCCGUCCCUGCGUACGAGGAGAAACAAAAGGUGUACGCUCUCCUCAAUGGUACCUUUCACGCGGCGAUUGUGCUUGAGGUCGCAGAGGACGCCACACGCGGCGGCUUUCUCUACUACGUCCGCUACGUAGAGCAGGACAGCAGACUGGACCAAUGGCUACAAGCGAGCGACAUCAAGGAGCGUCACCAGGGCCGCGCGCACCAUGGAAACGGCAGCACCUAUCAGCAGUGCUCCCCAAGCGGUAUCAAGACGCGGCGGCAGAGUCACGCGACAGAGCAGCAGAGCGCAGAAAUAACAGUGCUGACGGGUGAAGGGGUUGGUACGUCCACUGAGGUUUCGGCAAACGCGAAAGGGGGCGGUGCUGCCCCGCACUUGGUGAAAGUGUCAACGAUGCGCGCGCGGCGGGAUAGCGCGUUCUUCUCACGCACCAAGAACAUCUACUCGAUCUGCAUGGGGCCGUAUGAGGUGGAGGCAUGGUACUUCAGCCCGUACCACCUCGCCCGUCCAGAGGUGCAGCAGCGACUGCAGGCGGCGUCGCAGUGCGUCACGGGAAGCACCGAACUGCAGCUGGUGCAAUCCACCACAUUCUCGAGCAGCACUAGUGGUGUGAGUAGUGAUAUCGCUGGCGUUGGUGACAGCGAGAACAACAGUGUAGAGACCGGUAGGUCAAGCAGAAGAGGCGGUGCCGGUACGCAACAGUGGCCAACCGCCACGCGCUCUUUCUCUCUGCACAUAUGCCCCUACUGCCUGCGGCCUUCUGUUGACAACGAGGCGGUAGUACGGCACCUUCAGCAAGACUGCCUGAGGCAUCCCCCUGGCAACGAGAUCUACCGCGACCCAGUGCGGCGUCUUGUCGUGUUGGAGCUGGACGGCUCACUGGAGCCAACCUUCUGCGAGCACCUCGCUCUCCUCUCGAAGCUGUUUCUUGAGCACAAGGCUCUGGACCACGACAUGACGCCUUUCCUCUUUUACGUGUUGUGCUCCGUGGAGACCCACGGGCUGCAGGUACUGGGGUACUUCAGCAAGGAGAAGCAAACCCCUGAGCCGUACAAUCUGUCGUGCGUCUUGGUACUACCGCAGUAUCAGAGCCGCGGCAUUGGUCGAUUCUUGAUCGAGCUCAGCUACGAGCUCUCGCGCCGUGAGGGCAAAGUUGGCACGCCGGAGAAGCCCCUCAGCGACUUGGGCGAGAAGCUCUACCUGGGCUACUGGGCUGACUCCGUCACCAUGGCCAUUGCCCGGGCUAUGGAGGAAGGCCACUGCGUCUCCAUGGACUACCUGGUGCAGGCAACGGCUAUGAUCCAGGCAGACGUGCUACGCGCCUUACAGCACCAGAAGUUUCUGAGCGGAAAUCAGUUGACCAUCUCUGAGGACGUCGUAGAGCGCUGCUAUGCGAAGCGGCUUAAAAGGGAACGGGAUAUGACGAGCUACACCUUCUACACGCACUUGCUCAGCUGGGCUCCAGGCCUCUACGAAGAGUUUCGUGGCGCCCCGCCAGCGCCGACAUUCGUGCCCUGGCGCGACCAACGCGCGAGCCAGCGGUUGAUGCGAGGACACGCGAAGGGGGACACGUAG